CCUGUUCGUAGCGGUUCGUGCGGCUUCAUGGACCUGGGUACUGCUGCGUAUGCUCGCUCUUCUUUCUUUUUUCUCUCCCGAAUACGACCCCACGCCUGAAGACCACAUCCAGGUAACAUCAUGACCAAGCUGCUGUGCCGCCAUAGCACACGCCGCUCCCACCAUUCGCUUGCUGGAGCGGGGCAGUUGCAAUUGCCGGCCUGGUUGUAUCAACGAGCAAGCUGUCAGCGCCAACGGCAAUAGUACAUGCAAAGUAUCAUAAUGGUUCGAAUACGAUAUCGUGGGCCAAAGACCAUGUGGGUGUGGGUAACGCAGGCUUCAUCCGUCGUGCCAUGGCAUGGCAUGGCAUGGCAUAGCAUAGCAUAUCAUAUCAUAGCACAGCAACCACUGCCCAACCCACUCUUCAGGUCCUGCUUACCCGCGGCAUCGUCCGCUCAUUCGUAUCCAUCAUUCCAUCAUGACGGUUGUUCCUGGCUCUCUGUUGCUCUCUCACCGUACUUAGCGCCCCGCUGCCAGGCACCACCAUUCACUAAGCCCCCUCAGCAGUCAGCGCUUUUACCCCGCUACGUCUCACAUGGGACGACGUCUUCCGCGCUCGGCCAUUGGCUACGCCCUCGUAUCGUUCGUUUCCCUUCCCUCUCGUCUGCGAACACCUCUUGCUCUCAUGCGCGGCUGCAGUUCCCGAGCCAAAGGCUCAGCCACCCAGCAGCAGCAGCAUCAGCAACGGCCGAUCUCUGCACACACACACACACACACAUACACCUCACGUCUGAGUAUGCCAAAUACUAUCCCAGCAAGCUUGCUACCUUGGCUCUCUGUGGAGACAAUCCCAUAGCGAUCCAACUUCAAUCACGCUUUGUUAGUCCUGCCUUGUUAUGGGGGCCGCUUAGCGGUAGUACACAUGUAGCCAUCGGCCUUUGUGCUUGUCGGCCCGCUCUGUCGUCAUGGCCUCUACCCCAGUCCAGAUACCUAGUCCAUUUCUACAGUGCAGAUAAGGAGACCGAACCCAGAGUCCCCAGUAAUCAUAUCGGCUACGGUAGCCAGCGGAAAAGAGCAGUGUAUGCAGGUUUCAACUUUGCCUUGACCCCAUGCUCCUCACUCGUCGCUUCUCCAUUCCGAGCUGAAGAGAGAAUCCCAGGAGCUGCUUUGAACGCUGCGCGUCGGAGCAGUGGAGUCAGCCCAUGCCUGCCUGCCUGCAGGCCAACUGCGAACUUCGUGUAUUCAUCCUUCGUGCCAGCAACUAUGGCUCGCGUCUGCAGAAUGCCAAUCCUGCAGGACGCCUGUCGACACUGCGAGCAAGCAAUCAAAUGCAGUCACAUGGCUCACAUGCACACGUUCCUUCGCGAUGCUCUCAAUCCAUGUCUGCAGAUCUCCUCAUGGCAUCGAAUGCUUUCUCUCCUACAGGUCGCUCCAUUCAUCUCGCCUGUCUUGCGACACCCCCAGCAGAUCCUUCGAGAUCGUUGCGAUGACUGUUCUUCAGGGGACCAGGGGUACAUUGGCCACACCGCUUGCCCCAAUCCAUCUCUUUCCAUGCUGACGCAUCCUGCACCUCCCCUCCCUCUCUCCAUUGCUCCUCUUGUCGUCGUAGUCGUCGUGGUCAUCAUCGCCGUCGGAGCGCUCGCCUGCCGAUUUGCCGGCACCGUUGAGGCGCCAAAACUUGUUUCACCUCUUCGACUUGCAAACGUUAAAGCAGUUGACGUGGGAACGGUCGGCCGAGGAAGCGACUACACGCAGGACCAGAUAAUUGGCCGCUGUCAUGAUGGUUGCACGAUUCCUCUUCCGGGAAAUCUCACGACAAACUUCACCCCAUCUCCGCUCAAACGGCAAUGGCACAGAUGCCAGGUCUAUCUUCCGUUUCGGAAAUUUGGGCAACAACAAGAAACAGCAACAAACCAGGAAAGAUCCUCCUAA